AUGCUCGCGGCGCUCGUCCUUGUGCCGCUCCUGUGCGCCGCGUCGUCGCACGCCGUGCAAUUCGACGUCCGCCGUCGUGCCGAGAAGUGUCUCAGCGACGAGAUCGCGCACGGCAGUCUCGUGGUCGUGCACUACAACGUGCUGGGCGACGUCCGCGGCUCCUCCGGCGUCUCGCUCACCAUCACGGACCCGCAGCGCAAAUUCCUCAAGCAAGACGCGAACAUCGACACGUCGGGCGACGACGUGCACAAGUUCUCGUUCACGGCGGGGGCGAGUGGCAACUACGCCGUGUGUUUCGGCAAUUACCAGAGCGACAAGGCCGUGCGCGUCUUGCUCGAGCUGAAACACGGCGUCGAAGCCAAAGAUUACUCGGAAGUGGCCAAGCGCGAGCACCUCAUGCCCGUGGAGAAGGAGCUCCGCAAGAUGGAAGAUGCAGUGGAGGAGAUCCAUCGGGAAAUGCUCUACCUGCGCGAACGCGAAGCUGCGAUGCGCAACACGAACGAGUCGACGAACGCGCGCGUGCUCUGGUUUAGCUUCCUGUCCAUUCUCGUGCUCUUGGGCAUGGGCGUGUGGCAGGUCUUGUACCUCAAACGGUUCUUCAAGAGCAAGAAACUCAUCUAA